AUGUCGUCUGCAGCGUAUUCCCUGUGUGAGGCCGGAGACACCAUCUGCGAGAUCCGGGUGUAUGAGCAGGAGGUGAUCAUAGUGCCGGUUCUGCUGUUGAUGGCUUUCAUCGUCACUCUGAUUUUUCUGCUGCUGCUCCGGUUCUGCCCGGAACGAGUCGAGCGACUCCGGGCCAAAACCAGCCUGAGUUCCUCCCGAACGCCGCGUACGAAGAGAAUCCUUCAGGGCAUUGAUGCCCCUCUGGGUAUCAAUCCUUUGGAACAUGAGAGCAUUGCCCUGGAGGUUCCGACUUACUCCACCUUUCCCCCUGGGGUCCCCGGGAGCCCACCCUACGACGCCAAACAAGACUCCUUCGGCAAGAAUAACACGGCGUUCAACGGCUCCUUCGGCGCCGGCCGGGAUUACGUCAACGGGGCUUCCGCCUCAUUCCCAAGCCCCCGUGAACUCCCCCGCCAGAGGCUUCCGGAAAAGUUCAACCGGGUGUCUGCCCUCCCCAUGUCGUACUCUCUGAAGUCCGACAACUCCGUGUCGCUCUACAGAGCCCGUAUGGACAACAGGAACGUGGUCCUCCGGGUGCUGAAUGACUCGGCCAGCACAGCGGAGAGAGAGGACUUCCUGGGCUUUGCCUCCUUCCUGUCUCGGGUAGGGCCACACCCCUUCCUGCCAGAGCUCCUUGGCGUCGUGUCCCUCCGAGCGCCUCUGAUAACUGUCAUCGAAGAGCUGGAGAACAGAGACCUCUUGGGCUUCCUCUGGAGAUGUAGGCAGGAUAACGUGGCGACAGACCUCUUAUGCGAGAUGACGGAGAAGAGGAUCUUUACGAUGGCUUCCCACGUGGCCUCCGCCCUGGAGUAUCUCCACAGCAAAAACCUUCUCCACGGCAACGUCAAAGCUCGCAGCGUAUUGGUCAGUCGGAUGUACACGGCCAAGCUGUGGGGAUUUGGCACCGCCUACGCGUGUCAGAAUCAGGGAGCCAUUCGCAAUGACGAUCCCGGCAAGAAGAAAUGGCAGGCUCCGGAGAUAUUGGCCAGGAGGCCUGCCAGUCAAAAAAGUGACGUGUGGUCAUUUGGACUGCUGCUAUACGAAAUGGUGACACUCGGUGAUCCUCCGUAUGCAGACAUCCAGGUCACGGACCUCCUGCAGUACCAUCAGAGAGGAAAGAUGCUGAAAAAGCCAAACAACUGCUCCAAUUCACUAUACUCCAUCAUUAAAGCUUGCUGUCAGUGGAAGGAGCAGGAUCGCGCCACAUUGGCUGAGGUCAGCCGCAAGCUCCAAUCAGGAGAGAAGAGUGCCAACGACAAGGUCGUCAUUCGGGUGCCUGAGCCAGUCAACGUUGAGCACUACCUCCAGGAGGCGGGAUAUGGAGAGUCCAACAACUACACGAUUUUUUGA